GCUGUGUGGGUGCGCACACGCGCUACGGCCGCUGCCCAAAAAUGCACUCGGAUGCCGCGGCUGUCAAUUUUCAGCUGAACUCUCAUCUAUCAACACUGGCAAAUAUUCACAAGAUUUACCAUACUCUUAAUAGGCUGAUAGAGAAAUGAAGCUAACUCACAAAUUACAAAUGGGAGAAGAUGGCAAGGAAGUGAUGAGCACAGGGAGAAAGCAGAGCUACUUAAUUCAUUCUUGCCCUCAGUCUUGCAUGUCUUCAAGCCAGAGGGAAAAAAUAGCACAACUUGCCAAAAACAGAGCCGUAAAAGACAGACUAGGAAUACAAUUUAAAAUAGAAUUUGACAGAAGAUACUAGUCAAGACGAUCACCAGACAGGCAACCUGAGAUCUUGCAGUUCAUCAGACAGCUUUAGCAAAGUGAUGCCUCCGAGGAAAAAAAGGCGACCGACCGCGGGAGAUGAUCUGACAGCUAAAAAAAGUAGACACGAUGGCGUGUACAGAAAAUAUGAUUCUACCAGAAUAAGGUCAGAAGAUGAUAUGUUUUCAAGUAAAAGGUGUUUAGAAUGGUUCUAUGAAUAUGCAGGAACAGAUGAGGUUGUGGGUCCUGAAGGAAUGGAGAAGUUCUGUGAGGACAUAGGGGUUGAGCCGGAAAACGUAGCCAUGCUUGUGUUGGCUUGGAAAUUGGAUGCUCAGAACAUGGGUUAUUUUACAUUGCAAGAGUGGCUAAAAGGAAUGACAUCCCUGCAAUGUGAUACAACAGAGAAGCUAAGAAAUUCUUUGGAUUACUUGAGAUCUUUAUUAAACGAGCCUAUGAACUUUAAGCUUAUUUAUAGAUACGCAUUUGACUUCGCACGUGAAAAAGACCAGCGAAGCCUAGAUAUCAAUACUGCCAAGUGUAUGCUAGGACUCCUCUUAGGAAAAACAUGGCCCCUUUUUCCAGUAUUUCAUCAGUUCUUAGAGCAAUCUAAGUACAAAGUUAUCAACAAGGACCAAUGGUGCAACGUUCUGGAAUUCAGCCGAUCCAUUAAUCUUGACCUCAGCAACUAUGACGAAGAUGGAGCAUGGCCAGUGUUGCUGGAUGAAUUUGUGGAGUGGUAUAAAGAGAAACAAAUGACAUAGGAAUUUUAACUAUGCACAGCUGCUCAAGAGCUUUUGUUACUACAGUUAAUGUCAACCAUUAGCCAUAAACUUCUCUUUGUAUAUAAAGCGCAUGCUGCUUUUCCUGCACUGUAUCCCAUUUUCAGGGAUUUUUUUGGUGUUUGCUGUUUAACAGGCCAGCUCAGCUUGCUGUGUACCAUUGUUCUCUCCGAAGGCUGCUUUGCAUUUUGUCUACACUACAGAUGGCGAAUUUGCCAGCAUCCUCACUGUGACUAAUGUGAAUAUUGCUGUCUAAACUUUGUAUAUGUGUAUAAAAAAAAAAAAGCUUCAUCUAGGAAUGAUUUCAGCAGGAAAAGUAUUAUAAAAAUAAUUAUGUUGCAUUCAAGUAACCAUGUAACUUAAUUUUUAAUUGACUUGGUCUCGGGCAUAGCAUUUCCGGGAAAGCGACGGGGGAGGGAGGGAGGUUUGCCUAUGUAGGACUAUUGCUAGUUAGUUAGUAAUAGUUGUUUUAGGAUGCCAGUUUUUGAAGGAAAAUCUUGCAGUAUGAUUUCUUUGCCAGUGCCCAACUUCAUUUUUAUUUAAUAAGAAAUUAUUGGCUACCUUUUUAAUUGAAUCUCUUAAUAAAUUGUUACAGCUUGAACAGAGUUGUACAUGCCAUAGUAACUUCCAUUUGGUGAUCAUGCUGAUUUCCUAAGAGUCAGAUGCUGUAGUUUGCGAAGAGAUACAGGCUAUCUGAUUAAAUAUCUGAUUAAAAAGGGUUUUAGACUUGUAACGUGGCACAUUCUUUUAUUUUACUGUUGUUCUUGUUCCCAGAGUGUGUUGAUGAUGUGGAUAAAGACAGAAUGAAGUGUUGUUUCAAAACACAGCCUAAAUGUAGGCAUAUAUUUCAGAGACUGGAAUCAAAGCUUAGCCUGAAAACUCGGCAUGGCUACUACAUUUAUUCCAGGGAUUGAAUUUCCAAGGCAAAAUGCCAGUUACGAGCAACAUCUACUCUAAGCAGCAGUAUCACCACUAUUUAUUUGGGAUCAUUUUAUCUGUUUGGACUGGAAAGUUCAAAGAAGUAGAUGAACGAAGUAACUUCCUGUGUCACCUUUUCACCCGUCUUCAUUAUACAGUUCAUUGUACAUUUCUAUACAAAUUUUUACUAAGGUAGUUGUAGACUUACUGAAAAGGCAUUCAAAAAUCCACUGGUCUUUGUCCAAUCAACCGAGAGUUCCUUGUGAAAUUUGCAAUAAAACAUGAGCUUGCCUUCUACAGAAAGCUAAAGCUACAUGAACAUUCGGAAUUUAGGAAUGUAGUUUAAGCUUCACUUAGUACAAACCCCUUUUUUAUUUUCAAAGCACUGAAGGUAUUUGUAAAAAAACAAACAAACAUGUAUAGUAGCAACGCAUACAGCCUCCUUAGGCCUGGAUAGUUCUAAACAAACAAAAUAAGAAAAAUAAAGGACCGGAAUCUAGAGAGAUCCACGUACAAAUGUGAUUCUGCCCUUAACAGGAGCUGUGGGAAUGGAGGAUUUUGGGUUGGGUUUUUUUUUUUUUUUUUUUUUUUUUUUUUUUUUUUGAUGCCUUCAUGAGCUUGGGAAGGCUUGGAAGCAGGGAUUGAAUGGGGCAGAGCUACACAAGCUGUUGACCAAGUAGUAAGAUUGGAAAGAUCAAAUGGAGGCAGUUACAAUGCUUUUCCCAGGCUAUCAGUUCUGUUUGUCCAAAGUACAGUUGGAAGUUGGCUGUGCUGUUCCCUUCAGCCAGUCUCUGUUGAGAACAGCCAGGGAACACCAUGAGCUAGUGCUUGCUUCCUUCAAUACCCCGACUUACAUUCUCAUAUUAUUUAGUAUAGCCAUAAUCAAAACCUUAUAACUGCCCAUCUGGGAAGAUACAAAUACUGGAUGGAUGGAUUACAGGCUAAUUUGGUUGAGACAUAAAAAGGAACUUUCACGUAACAAAGGUAACAGCCAAAGAACUUUAUGAGAUCUAGUUUUUAUAAAGGGAAGUAUAAGGUUAACAAACUUGUUCAUUCUUGGGACUGAUUCUCACCUUUUUCUAUUUACAUGUACACAUAGCAAAAAGUAUCUGAUCAAGUUGUACAGAGAGCAAAGAGAGGACACACUUCAAAAUUGUCCUGUCUUCCAUUUAAAAAUGAAGCAGCAGUUGGGUCCAGAAAUCACUGUUAAACAUGGCCUGUUAAAGGGCAGAAGCAACUGGCUGCAGUCUGUUGUCAUUUGUCCAUGAGGAGGCCUUUUUGUGGCUUCUAUUACAAAGUUGAUCAAGAGUCUUAUCUUUUGCUCUGAACAAUCAUGCACCACCACAAAGAGAAUUGGCCUUGCCUGUAAAAGCAGGCGCAUUUAAAACAUACUUUAUUAAGGACACUGUGCUCACAACUUGUGUGAUAUACAGAAGGAAAUGAGGAACAGGCCCACUUGGUAUACGGAUCAGAAUGGUAUCUUUGAAUUUCUGACCUAUCUAUUUAAGCAAUCAUGCUCAGAAUGGCACAGAUUAGGGGGAAAAAUCGCAUUUUCUGGAAAACUGUUAUGUAAUGCUGUCAGAGUAAAGUUAAUCAAAGUUGUUCAUUUUUUUAUUCAUUUUGAAUUUUUUGGCAUUUUUAAAAUAGUUUAAUUGAUUGUUGUUGUUGUUAAAGGAAAAAAAAAGCCGUACACUGAAUUGGUUAAAGCUGAAAAUAUCUUUUCUACGGAAAUGCUGGCAAGAUGUGUAUGCAUUAUUCUGAUGUGAAAUUCUUAAAAGAUAAGCUUUUUAAAUGACCAAGUGAAUAAACAUACAUGAAUGGGCAAAUAGCCCAUAAUAAGCAGACCGUCUAUAUUGUCCGGUACCAAAGACUGAUGAAUCUUUUAUGCUUUUAUCUUUCAGAAUCAGAAAUGGUAUUAUCAAUUCUAAUACCUACUGUUAUUUUUUACCAUUUUCUUUUUGGGGGUCGGGUCAGAUAAAUUCAAAUUGAAUACUAAAAAUGUAACCAUCUGAAAGAUUUUUGGUUUGUACAAACCAAAUGAUCUGUGCUUUUUGUAAAUGUGAGGAACAAAAUUGUGAAAGCGUUCCAUAAUUUACUAUAGUAUAAAUUUACAUAAAGCAUUUAAUUGAACGUGAAUAGUUUCCUGCUUUCCUUUUUAAACAAUUCAUAUUAGUCUCAGGCUGAGACUUUGCAGAUACAUUUUACUACAUAAACACAUAGUUUUAAUUCUAUGCUUGUAGUUAAAUUUUCUCUUACGCUCCAAGUAUUGGCAACUCUUUUCCCCUCUAUUGCUUUUUAGAGAAACCAGCAUGUAAUAUCAAUAUUGUUGAAUUCAUAAUGGGAGGACUUCUAACAAUACUUAAAUAUUUGGUAAUAUUUAAUUAGCAAUACUUAAAUGCUUCAUAAUUGAUAAUAAAGAGUUGGUUUGUGCCUGAGUAAACGGUAAGUGUUAAAUGCCUACUGAUAGCCUUAAACUUUGUCCUUCUCACAUGGUUGUGUAAAUGCAUAAAGUUACUUCACUGAUUUACACUUCUGGCAAACUAAAAAAAAAUGGGUUUUGUAACACCCUGUUGUGACAGAAACAAUUUACCUGCUUUUUUGUCUUAAGUUUUCAUACAGCAUACCGUAAGCGCGCACUUUGCCUUACUGCAGCUGUGUCACCUUCUUGGAAUUUGGUACAGUGUAGUUGUGUACAAAUCUACUAUCUUGCUAAUAAAAACCUGAUUCAGUCUUGAUAACAUGCAUUAAAAAAAAAAUUCUAGAGCAGCGUUUUUGAAACUUGGCAACUGUGAAGUCCUGCUGUGUGGACUUCAGUUCCCAGAAUUCCUCAGCCACUUCCAGGAGUCGAAGCUCACACAUGUUAAACCUUUCAAAGUCUGAAAAAACGCUGCUCUAGAGCAGGGGUAGGCAACCUUGGCUCUUUUAUGACUCGUGGACUUCAACUCCCAGAAUUCCUGAGCCAGCAUGGCUCAGCUUGGAAACCUCUCCCUGUCCCCUCAGCUUGGCUAGCUCAGGAAUUCUGGGAGUUGAAGUCCACACGUCAUAAAAGAGCCAAGAUUGCCUAACGCUGCUCUAGAGGUAUUCAAGUUGUGCCUACAGCUGUCUGUGCCAGCCCAUUUUGCCCAGGGAGAGAGCAGGAAUUAGUCAAUCCCAAAGUAGCUAUUGGAUAUUAUUUGUUCUCAUUUGAAGAUCACAGACUAAAUCUACUUCAUGUUCCCAAAGCUUCUGAUUCAUGCCGAGUUUCAGCAGCUACAUAACAGACCAGUGUUGUUAGACAGGACAUGGGGCAAUUAGAAAAAGAGAACUGUUUUGCAGCUACAUACAGCUUUGGGGACAAUUCAGAGUUAAAAAAAACAUAACAAAACAGAUCAAUUUACCUUGUUUAUUUAAAUGGCAAUUUUACAAAUGCACACCAGAACGUCCUUUGGCACUUGGAAACCCGAACCUCAUAGUGAUAACGACGAAAUCUAAGGCAUAAAUGCAGUCUUUAAAAACCCUGCUUUAAAACAUACACAGUGCAGCACAGUUUAACAAAUAUUCCA